AUGAGUGCCCCUCCGGUAGAUCCCCCCGGAGGGGGUGGCCAAGGCACUGGUGGCGGAGGCUCGGACCCGACGGAUCCCCGCUUCCGGGAGUACUACUGGCAGCAGUACCACCUCUUUCACUUUGGUUGUCCCCCGUCGAGCCCGGCGCCGGCCUUCCUGCCCGGGCUCGAUGGGCCGCCCUCGGCGGCGCCAAUGGCCACGGCGGCCUUCCCAUCGGAGCCUGAGGGCCAUGGGCCUGCACCGCACUGGCACCACCAGCCUCACCCGCAUCAUCACCACCACCCACAGUACGAUCCGUAUGCCGGCUCCUGGCAAAGCCAUCAUCCUGGCUUCCCGCAGGGAUCGCACGCGGCCCAUGAUGCCCCGGGCCUUCAUCCUGGCUAUUGGCCGAAUGUCCACCCCGGCCACUGGCAGGAUUUCCACCAUAUCCCCCAGUAUGACCGUCAGCAUGGCCCAUCAUACGGCUCUCGUCCGGAGCUUCGGCCCCACACCCCAGGCUGGCCAGGCUCAUGGGACCUGCCGCCGGGCCGGGGGAUACCUCCACACCGGCAGGCAGCCCCGUCGGCAGCCGCCGAUCUCCCGGAUCCCGACUUGGAGCCCUGUGGCAAAACCUUCCCCUCGACAGUGCAACUUCAGUGCCGCAUUGCCCGAGCCCACCGCGGCCCCAUCAACUCCAUCACCUGGUCGGGCGAUGGUGCAUAUCUCUUCACGGCCGGCACUGACGAGAUCAUCCGGCUGUGGAACCCCUCACGCUUUACCGACAGUGACCCCGCCCACGGGCCACUCCCCAUCAAGGAGUACAAAGGCCAUAGUGGGUCCAUUUCGGCCGUUGCCCUCACCCCCUCGGACAACCUCCUGGCCAGUGCAGGCCAAGGCCGGCAAAUCUACCUGUGGGACCUGGCCACCGGGACAUCGAUCCGCCGCCUGCCUGGCCACCAACGGGCAACCAAUUGCCUGGCCUUCCACCCGGCGAUCCCCACAUCGGUCUUGCUCUCCGGUGGCGCUGAUAAUGCCGUCUGUGCGUGGGACCUCCGCGUGGGGGGCGCCGCGCGGCCCGCGCAAUCCUUCGGCGCGACGGCCAACAGCGCCUCGCCGCGCCUGCCACGCUUGGUCCGUCAGAUUCAGUCCCUGCGGGAAGCGCGCGACGGCGUGUCGGGCCUCGGGGUCCUGGAGCACGCGGUUGUGGUCGGCAGCGUCGACCAUUCGGUACGAGUAUAUGACCUGCGCACUGGCCAGUGUCUGGAGGAUGACCUUGGAGAUGCGGUCACUAGCUUGACAGUCUCCAGCGACCCGGAUGCCGCCCAGGGCGGCACAGCCUACCUGGCCAGUUGCCUGGAUGGAACCGUGCGCCUGGUUGACUAUGACACUGGUACCGAAUUAAACCGCUUCGCCGGCCAUCGCCACACCAAGUACCGCCUGCAGUCGGCCAUCGCCAGCGAUGACGCACGAGUGUGGAGCGCCAGCGAAUGCGGUGCCGUGUAUGUCUGGCCAGUGGGGUUCCCCUUUGAUGCGGACGUCCCGGAGUCCGCGUCCGCCAGCGGCCGGACCCCGAUGAUUUCGGCACGGCAUGGGUUCCACCGGUCGCGCCGCCUGGCCACGGCCCCGGUGGUGUCGGUGGCCGCACAUCCGUCUAUCGCCUGCCCGGCGGGCGGACCUGCCGGGCCUCCCCGGGGCUCGAGGUCCGCCCACAGUGCUGUCCCCCUGGCCGGGGCCGAUGGCGAGACCGAUGAUGUCCUGCGACCGGACGGAUAUGUCGGCGGAUCGGCCAGCACCGGCGCGGACUCCGCGACACCGAUCUUUUCCGGGCCGCGGGUCGCCGCAUCCGGCACCUCGGCCGGGGAUCUGUGCUUCUGGCUCAGCACCCAGGUGUGAACCUCGAGCUUGGCGAAAUGCCUCGCGCGGUCCCCGCCACGGUCGGCCCUUUCUUCGCUCCCCGGGCUAAUAUACACAUAGACAAGAGCA